UUUUAACAAAUCCACAUAUUCAAACGAUCCUAACUUAUUUUAAACGAUCUCGAUUACUCUGUUUUGAGUGUUUGUUAUUGACCUUGUCAAGAUGGCGACUGUAGCACUUCUUCGAACUUGUUCAAGGGGUAGCAGACUUUUGCUGCAGAUGAGACCUCAGCCAUCAUAUGCAAACACAGAUGUAAUUUCGAAGCAGUUUACAGCUAGCCCAGCACUAGCGACCAUUGAAUAUUUUAGGGCUAGAAGAGGUCCAUUCACACCAGAGGAGAAACGUGGUAAGAGUCAUAUCAUGAUGGCUUCAACUCAUUGGAAAGUUGAACGUUUUGUUGCUUUAGGAAUGGUUGGGAUUAUGCCAGCUGCUCUUUUCAUUCAGGGAUCUACAAUGGAUCAUUUGCUCACUACUUUUGUUUUCCUCCAUGGAUUCUGGGGUAUUGAUGGAGUACUGAAAGACUAUUUGGUGAAAUUUGUUCCUUGGGUCGGCAAGCUGUGGUAUCUUCUGGCUAUCAUUGGUUUUGCUGGGCUAAUUAACUUUAAUUUUAAUGAUGUCGGAGUUUGCAAGGCCAUUCAAAUGCUUUGGUCUUUGUAAUAUUGCAACAUGUAUGUAUAGAAAUAAUAUUGGUUAUGUUUUGCAGCAUUGAAGUGAAUGUUUAUUAUUUUUAGUCAUCAAAUGUAUUGUAUGGAUAAAAUGUUGAAAGUUAGAAAAAUGAAAAUUAUCAAUUUGUUUUUGAACCACAACAAUGUUAAGAAAAGAAAGAUGACUACCAACUUAUAAUGUAUAUGUAAAGGUUUGAAUCUUGUAGUUGAACAGGUUUUUUUAUACACUGUGCUAUGUAGUUUUAACACUUAUGCACUUUCAUUUAAGUCUCUUUUAUAUUGAAAUAAUGUAUCACUUUUCUAUCUUUAAAGGGAAUAAUUUGGUAAAACAGUGUUACAUAACAAAUAAAUUAACAGAUACAAAAAGUUUACCAUGACUGUAGUUGGAAUAGAGACUUGGCUUACAAGUUGAGGUAUGUGCUGCUAUGACUUGAGAUUAUGUUAUCAGAUACACAGACCUGGUCUCCACAAUGAUAUAUUGUAAAACUGAGGUGUUUACAAUACCAUGUAAUAAAGAUUGACUGUCGUACUUGUUUUUGUUCUGUAGGAAUUAUUUUCUCAGUGUCCGUUCUUGUGAUAUAGAGAAGGGAUGUUUUACAAGCUCAGCUGUACAUGUAGAGUAUUGCAAUAAAGUUGUACUUAUUCAUUAC